CCGUUGUUUCCCUCUUGUGUGUGUGCGUCCAUGCAUGUGUGUGUGUGUGUGUGUGUGUGUGUGGUUCUGAAUGCCUGCCUGCAGACGAAAUAGAAGGUAAAGUCGAUUUUUUUUUAGCUCUUUAUGAAGCUUAUGAUAAAUCAGCUGUUCACGGAGGCAUCAGUUAACAAUGGCUCACCGUCUGUUUGAGGGCAAGAAGCAUGCAGCUUCUUACUUAAAGUACAGGGUCUCCCCAUCAGAACAUCUUAUACAACAGGUCCUUGGAUUCCUGGAAAAACGGAAAGCUCGUCCCUUUGAGCUGGCAGUGGAUGUGGGUUGCGGCUCGGGACAGGGCACUCAGCUGCUGGCCCAACACUUUGCUUCCGUGGUGGGGACAGAUGUGAGUCCUGCCCAGCUGGAUUUGGCUGUCCAGUAUGCCCUGGAGGCAAACAUCACAUAUAGAGAGUGUGCGGCUGAGGAGCUGCCGUUGGCUGACAGCUCAGUGGACCUGCUGACGGUUAUGACUGCGUUCCACUGGUUCGACAGGCCACGCUUUCUCCUGGAGGCCCACAGAGUCCUGAAGCCCCGCGGCUGCCUGGCUCUGCUCAGCUACACCAUGGACAUGGAGCUCAGCUACGACGGCUGCUGCUCGCAAGCACACAACCAAGUCUGCACAGAGUUUUAUGCAGCUUUAAAACUCUACCGCGACCCUCACAUUGGUCCCAGCACUAUUGAGUUGUACCGGGCGGCGUAUGAAUCCAUCCCUUACCCAGACAAGGAGUGGCAAGAGUGUGUGAGAGUGAGAAAGGCCAUGCCUCUGUCCGGCUACAUGGGGAUGGUGGAGUCUUUCUCCAGCUAUCAGAUUCUGCUGAGAGCCGACCCGCAGAAGGCCGAGCAACUCUCCCAGGACAUCUGUCAAAAGCUGAUGUCCGUGAUGCAGGUGACCUCAGCAGACGCAGAGGUGGUGGUGGCUGUGAAGUAUUACUACCUGCUGGCCUGUAAACCAGAGGAGGCCUGAGUCCGACACCUCUCACACUUUCAACACCGGCCAGCAAUGUCGUGGACACAGGAGAUCUAUGUGUGAGGUUGUUUUAUAAAAUACCACUAGAGGGUGACACUUGAA